AUGUUAGUCACACCACUGGUAAGUUCUGAUUUAACUGAAUGGUUUAGCAGCCAAUUUUGUUUAAAUGGCUGGCAGGUGAAGGCUGUGAAGGUUUGGCUAACUGAUGGGCGAAGCCAACAGUUUGGAAAUGAAGCAGGAAAGUUUUCUGAAUUUACCUUUAAAGAUGGAGAGCAUUUUACCAAGCUUUCUCUGUGGGGAAAUGGAGCAGGAACACGUUUGGGUGCCAUCAAAUUCCAAACUAGUCAGUCACGGGAGUUCAAUGCUCACAUGACUGACUGGGGGUUGAAAACUGAGUACCCUGUUGAUGUUGGCUCUGGGAUCUGCAUUGGAGUCUUUGGAAGGGCUGGUUCAGACACGGAUGCCUUGGGUUUUAAAUUCAUUAACACCAUCAAGUCUACCGUAAUGAAAAAUGUCCACUACCCCACACUGCAUGAUGUUAUACCCCAGGUGGCUAUUAGGGAAAUCAAGUCCAUGACUUACAAAAACGAAUCUACUGUCACUCAAGAACACAAAAUUGAAGCGUCUGAAAAAAUCACCAAAAAAUCAUCGUGGUCUGUGACCAACAAGUUAGAAGCAAACUUUCACUUUGAAAUAAGCGCAGGAAUCCCUGAGGUAGCAGAAGUCUCUGGUGGGUUUGGCUUCACUGUGGGAACUGAAAGCACACAUAGCUUAGAAGAAGAAAAAUCUCAUACUGAGACUCUGUCCUUCCCAGUUAUACCUGCUGGGAAGACUGUAAAUAUUGACAUCACGAUUGGUAAAGUUACAAUUGAUCUCCCCUACACUGGCAGACUGGAAAUGACCUGUUACAAUAACAGUGUUCUGAGUUUUAACACCAGUGGAAUCUACAAGGGCCUUACUUACACAGAAGCAAAAGUGGUUACAAAAGAGAUUCCUUAACCUGUUCAGAAUUCAAAUGUUACUGUCAAAUACAUGAAAAAACUGGUAGAAAUACAUGAAAAACUUUAAAUUGCAAGAAAAAAAGACAAAUUUGGUAAUUUAGCUUAUUUCCCGUCUCCAUGACUGCCCUGUACUCUGAGGGCAUCCAAGUCUGAACUAGGUGUAGGCCUAGUGGUAGUUUCUGAUGGUACGAUUCCUCGUCAUUAUUUUCUAAAGGCUACGUGUGUUAAUUUUGAUCUGAUGUCAGUGUUCCCACAUUCAAUUGUUGUGAUACAUGUGUUGGCUUAUGUUAGAAUUCCGUCAUUUUCCCACAGUAAAAAACGAUAACUGUGACUCGCGCCAAACCCUUUGUAAUGUGCAGCAAACAGGUCUCUAAAAGCAGUAGGCCUACUUAAUGGUAUGAAAGCAUUUAAUCCAUGCUUACACAGAGCGUAAUGCAUUAGUACAUCACAGGUGGAGUAGCGCUACUUUUGCUUCCUUCUGAGCUUCCGUAGGCUACUGGGAUGACAACAAAACACUUUCAAUAAUGAUGAUGUCAUUUUCCUUUGUGAAUGGAUUGAUAAAUAAUUACAGUACAGAUUACUCCAGGGUUGCCUGGAGUCGUGUUGGGUUGCGGUGUUGCUUUAAUGUUUGCUUAUGCUCAUGUCACUAAUAUUUUACUAAUCGGGGGAUCUUUAUUGGGAGGUGUAUGAAUCUAUUCUAACAAUUAAAAUAUGUGAAAAGUAAAAUGGGAGUCAGAUGGCUGAGCGGUUAGGGAAUCGGGCUAGUAAUCAGAAGGUUGCGAAUUCGAUUCCCGGACGU